AUGGCCCCUCCAAAGAUUACGCCGUUCAAGAUCGCCGUCCCCGAGGCGGCCGUGCAGCGCCUCAAAGACAAGCUCGCCGCCGCGACCUUUACCGACGAGACGCUCUUCACGGACAGCUGGGACUAUGGCACGCCGCUGAGCGACGUGAAGCGCCUCGCGGAGCGCUGGCGCGAUGGCUUCGACUGGCGCGCACAAGAGGCGAAGCUCAAUGAGGUGCCGCAGUAUACGACCAAGGUGGACGUGGAUGGCUUCGGCGAGCUCAACAUCCAUUUCGUGUAUAAGAAGAGCAGCAGGAGGGAUGCGAUUCCUCUGCUCUUCUGUCAUGGCUGGCCGGGGAGCUUCUACGAGGUGCUCAAGAUCCUGCCGCUUCUGACGGAGCCCGAGGACCCCGAAGUGCCGGCAUUUGAUGUCGUUGCGCCGUCGCUGCCCAACUUUGGCUUCUCGGACGGCGUGAGCAAGAGGGGCUUCAGCAUCUCGCAAUACGCCGAGACGCUGCACAAGGUGAUGCUCAAUCUCGAGUACGAUAAAUACGUCACCCAAGGAGGCGACUGGGGCUACAUCAUCACCCGCCUCAUCGGCGCGCAAUACCCCUCCCACUGCCUCGCAUCCCACAUCAACUUCCUGCGCCUCACCGAGGGGCCCAAGUUCGCCGACACCCCCCUGCUGCACCUCCGCCACGCCCUCACCCCGUACACGCCGCUCGAGCGCGCCGGGCGCGACCGCACCGCCUGGUUCCUCACCGAGGGCACGGGGUACAACCUCGAGCAGAGCACGCGCCCGUCGACGCUCGGCUUCGCGCUCGCCGACUCCCCCGUCGCGCUGCUCGCGUGGGUCUACGAGAAGCUGCACGACUGGACCGACGGGCCCUACCCGUGGCGCGACGACGAGGUCCUCACCUGGCUGUCCAUCUACGCCUUCUCCACGGCGGGGCCGGCCGCGAGCGUGCGCAUCUACUACGAGGCGAAGCACGCGGGGCUGGAGCAGUCGCGCAGGGCGGGGUUUGGGUACGUGCCCGGCGUGAAGCUCGGCGUGAGCGUCUUCCCCAAGGACGUGCUCGUGCCGCCGCUCGCAUGGGCCGAGGCGCUGGGCCCGCUCGUGUUUCGCAGGAUGCACGACACGGGAGGGCACUUUGCGGCGCAUGAGAGGCCCGAGGCGCUGGCGGCGGACCUUCGGGAGAUGUUUGGCAGCAAAGGCGGCGCAAGGGACGUUGCGAAAGUGUUUGAAGCGAAGAUGUGA